UUCCCGGGAGGCACCGCGGCGCUGAGGGGAGGCGGCGGCGGAGCAGAAGGUCAGUUUCCUUAUACAGUGCCCAAGGAAAGAGGAUGGAACCAGAGAAGGCUGCCAAGCAAACAGUCCUCAUCACUGGAGGAGGUGGCUAUUUUGGCUUCCGUUUAGGCUGUGCCAUAUACCAAAAGGGAGUAGACGUGAUUCUCUUUGAUGUCAUGAAGCCACUUCAAACUGUGCCAGAGGGAAUAAAGUUCAUGGAGGGGGAUGUCCGUUGCCUGUCUGAAGUGGAAAAGGCUCUUAGAAAUAUAAUCUGUGUAUUCCAUAUUGCUUCCUAUGGAAUGUCUGGCAGGGAGCAGCUGAACCGAAAACUUAUAGAAGAUAUUAACGUAAAAGGAACAGAAAAUGUCAUCCAAGCCUGCAAGAGCACAGGAGUGCCGAGUCUGGUUUAUACAAGCACAUACAACGUGAUAUUUGGAGGCCAGAUCAUAGAAAAUGGGGAUGAAUCUCUGCCUUAUCUACCUCUUCACCUUCACCCAGAUCACUACUCCCGGACCAAAUCUUUAGCUGAAAUGAAGGUGCUGGAGGCAAAUGGUGCUGAGCUUGGAAAUGGGAAGGGUAUACUAAGGACCUGUGCUCUCCGACCAGCAGGCAUCUAUGGGCCUGGAGAACAAAGGCACCUUCCAAGAAUAGUUAGUUACAUUGAAAGGGGAUUGUUUAAAUUUGUAUAUGGAGAUCCUUUUAGUUUAGUAGAGUUUGUACACGUAGACAAUCUGGUUCAGGCUCAUAUCCUUGCCUCUGAGGCCCUCAAAGCCAACAAAAAGCACAUAGCUGCAGGCCAAGCCUAUUUUAUUUCAGAUGGCAGGCCUGUAAAUAACUUUGAAUUCUUCCGCCCGCUGGUGGAAGGUUUGGGUUACAAGUUCCCAACCUGUCGUCUUCCUCUCUCCCUUGUCUAUUUUUUUGCAUUCCUUACUGAAGUGGUUCAUUUUCUGAUAGGCCAUGUUUAUAAUUUUCAGCCCCUCCUCACUCGCACAGAGGUUUACAAAACUGGGGUUACGCAUUAUUUUAGCAUGGAGAAGGCCAGAAAGGAGCUGGGGUACAAGCCUCAGCAAUACAGCCUGAAUGAAGUGAUUGAGUGGUUCCGAUCUCAGGGGUGUGGAGCAAAGCCAAGAAAAUACACCAUUAUCCAUCUUGUGAGGGAUGGAGCAGUGCUUGUGCUGCUGAUUGGUGUGAUGGCCUUGUGGUUUCCGUCUGUGGUUACAUUUUCACUCUGAAAGGUGAAGUGCUGAGCACAAAGAAUUUAGUUGUGUUCUCUGAGUACUCUUGGCUUUGACAGGAAAUCAAAGUGACUAAAAAAAAAAAAAUCACAUAUUUGUGUCAUUCAGGUAAAUAUCUUUAAUAGUUUUAUCCCCAAAGAACAGAACUGCUGCAUACAAAGGUGUAAUUUUUAUAAAUAAUCCCUCUCCAAAGUUAAGUUGAUAGAUCACUAACACCAUGAAGCUCAGUAUUACAGUAACAGCAUUUUAUUCCAGGUACAACACACACUACAGUGAACAGAACAAACAUCCCAGGCUGACCCUUCUUCUUCCCUGAUGGGAUGAUACUCUUGAUCCAUGCCCUUUAUUCCUAAAGAGUUUGUGCUUCAUGAUCCAGAGGAGAAUAAACUUAUUCUUUGAUUACAUUCCAAAACCAGAUUUUGCUUUCCACCUUGAAUGUAUAUGUGCCUAACCAAGAUUAACUGAUAAAACAACUAGACAAUAAAUAAAUGCCUUUUUGUUUGUUUU